AGGCAUGUGAUGGUGUGGGAUGGCUUCAGGAUUCCCAGCGUUGUGUCAGUGGUUUUGAAAUUAUUGUAUAACGUUUGAGCUCAUGGCCUUUGUGUUGCAGUAUUGUUGUGCUGUAUAUUGUUUGUUCGUACAAACAGGGAAAGUGUAGGUGUGACAUCUUGGGACUUCAUCACUACCAGCCCGUGUCAAGCUCUACUAUACCAAUAGUCGUCCAACUUUAUUUUAACAGAUAUUUUUUUCAUUGGGGCUAUCGUUAGGAACGGAUCCCACCGUGUGACAAAGAAGACGAGAACCAGCGAGAAUUGGAUACCGGCGUGGAAACGCUGCAGACAAUGGACUGGCUGGUACCAUAGCUGGACCAGGACACUUGUCCCGGUGUGCGUCUUGUGACAUCAUUGUGAUACGUUCACACAUGGCCAUGCUCCGUGUGUUGGGAGGCUGUGUCUCAGACAGAAGCUCGCGAGCAGAGAGUAGGCGUGCUCAUGUACUUCCUUUUGAUCUGCCUUUACACAAAGCUUUGAAGAAUGGAUAUCUUCCUCUGCCUUUUGUUGAAAUGCUAGUGCACAUUGCCCAGGAGGGGGUAUGCACAGUGGACCUCUUCCGUCGCCCUGGAAACCCGACUGAUAUCCGGCACAUUAUUAACAGGUUAUCUAAGGGAAAGCAAGUGAUCUACAUGAAUUACAGCUUUUAUACACUUGCUUCUGUCGUAAAACGGUUCCUGCUUCGUUUGCCGGGUGGGGUGUUGACGGCGGAGGGAGAGGAACGACUGUUGCAGGUGCUCACAAUCGGACACAAGAAAGACCAGCUCCAGAUCGUACACGACUUUAUUGAGACACUAAGCAAAGCUCACCAGCAGAUUCUGACAUUGUUGUUUGGGACGUGGUUCCGUAUCGUGAGCAACUCCGAGGUCAACUCCAUGACGGUGGAGGCCUUGGCACGGAGCUGUGCUGGCUCUAUGUUUCAUACAUGUGCAGAGGAUCCUGGGAAGGUGGAGCAGGCUAGUCGCAUCAUGCAACUCCUCAUCGAUAACUUUGGAUGUCCGGCAAUGUUCGGGCGGGAAAACAUUGACUACUUCACCGAAAUAACCAGUACCGGUAUCUUAGUGCGAGAGAAGUUCCGCUACCAGUAUCAAUAUCCAUCAGAUGAAAUUCUACCUCGCCAGGAGUCAAUGAGAUGCUUCAAUAACUACCUUAAGAAGGAGGCUAAAAAGUUUGGCUUUGACCUUGACAAACAUGAUGUUUCUGAUGACAUCAUCGAGAUGACGAGCACCGGAGGGGACUCCCAACGAGAGCACGAACAUGCUCCCAGUGAAAGUCCCGAGUCGAGCUCUCCGUUCCCGUCACAUCAUCCAUUCCCAGACAUGGAGGAGUCCCAGCUUGUAAACACUGUCAGCACCGUCUCCGCACCCGAGGUCUCGCUCAUGCCAUCACCAGAAGUUUCAAAGCGACCAAAGUCAGUGGAAGAUAAUUUGAAUGAAGUUAAAACGUUUUACCAUAGUCGCAGCUUGAGCCGUUUUAAUUCUGUGAAACGUAAACAGCUGGAAAGACUUCGGCAACGCUCUGACUGGUUUCUUGGGCCGAACGGAAAGGAAGUACAGGUGGGAUGUGGGGAUAGGGAGCUCCUCUCAAAGAAGGAUUCUGUGACCAAAGCCUCCUCAGAGGGCGCCGUUUUGGACGUUCUAUCAGACGUAGAUAGUGUGUUCACUGACAACUCCAGUCGGAGCGAGAGUCCUGCGUCCGAGCCUGUCAGGUGCCAUGCAGGGAAAGGCAGACGUGACUUUAUCCAUAGUGACACGCUAGCAGACCUAAAUGUGCCAGAACUACGUCUCGAUUUCCCAGAAUUUGGAGAUGAUGACAUGACCCACACAGAGGUCAAGUGUUUCAUGAUGGAGCACAAGUUCGGAGAAGCUAACAAGGAUUCCUAGCACUUGUGAUAGCACAUCAUUCAUUCACAUGAUGUCAACUUGCCCAUGGUCACUGAACGGUCAGCUCGGGGCAAGAGACAUGAUCCUUUAUUUUUCUAUUAUUCUGUCACCACGGCAACUAGCAGCUGACAUUUCAUCCCAUCAGACAUCUCAGCAAUGACAGACAGGAAGUGAACAUCGGUGGUUACAAUACGGUUGUUGUUGGUUCAGGACAACUGCAGCUAGAAGCGUGGGGCUCCAUUGAAAGAAGUAACUAGGGUAGCACUAGAAUCUCAUGAUAGUCGACCAUGUAUAUAAUAAGUGUAUAUGUUGCUUCAGAUAGUAGACAUAGAAAUAUAUUUAACAUUUUACAGCAAUACAAGUGCUCUUUCCAUUGCUCAAGGAAUCUGUAAAUUGACCAGAUAUUACUAGCUAUGACUACAGAUGGAGUCAGUGUAGUCUGGACAACAGCUGCUAUGUUACCAUGAGAGAUUUAACCUUUAUUCCCUACCGUAUCUCAAAGUUAGAAAACCAACAGUCUAUGGAGCCUCAGGCUUAAUGACAUCGCUAACCAGACCAAUGGAUCUUGAAGUAUUUUUUGUCACUUUGUAUCCAAUAUGCUUCUGUUUUUGAGUGGCUUCAUGUAAUCUUGUUACAGUUAGGCCUUGAAAUAGUCAUGUGAUAGUCAUGUGAUCUUAGGAGCAUUUUCUUGAUAUGUAUCUUCUUUUACACACAUCAUUUUUGAUGUUCACAUUUUUAGUUUCUGAAAUUAUGUUCGAUUUUAUCCGUUAGUGUCUCCAUCACUUUGUGGUUUUGAACCAUAUUUGAUAUGUCACUUUCUUAGUACUGUAUGGCUUUUUUAUGGAUUCCAAGUUUAGCUUCAAUGUUUUAUAUGAUUAUUUUAUCUUUUAUUGCCUUUGAUUGUUUUGCAACAAUUUGAAUGUGGGCUUAUCGUGGGAUUUAUGUUGUAAGUUUUUGUGUAUGAUUUCUGUGAGAUGAGUCAGUUUUAGAAUGAAGAAGACUCCAGAUCCUUUGAGGAAGUAGAGGACGAGGUGUGUGUGGGGGGUGAUGACGGGGGAUUACGUGUGUGUGUAUCACACGUCAUCUGCUGCACCGGCUGGUUCAGAUGCAGACAUGAUUGUUUGCAUUUGGUGACUAUUCAAACACAAUUCCUCCAUGGUUGCCACAGAGAGUACUUACCUGUUCAAGGCUGCUCCUCCACAUUUGAUGGGUUUUAUCACAGGACCUUUAAGUGAAAUUCAUGCAUAUUAAUUUACUAAACCACUCUUUGGUCUCAAAGGGUAGAACAGCCCAUUAAUAUGCACAAAUUUUCCUUAAACAUCCUAUGCAUGCAGUAAGGAAACGGUCCAGUACAGAUGCUAAAUAAAUGUAUAUACCACUCAAAGAAAGUGACAGAUUAACUAUAGCCAUAUAAACCAGUUGAGUGUCCUUAGCUUCUUUUGAGUAGUAUAUGUAUAUUCAAUAUUUUCGCUUCAUCAGGGAACAAUUUAAAAGAUCUGUCUUUGACCUAUAACCUGGAUCUGAACCAUGUCAGUAUGAACGCCGAGGGACUCUCUAGUCGCACACAUUCACUGGUGUCAAACGUAAAGGUUCAACUGGUCAACUUGGCCGAUUGAUACUAAAUCAGGUCCAAAUACUUGUUUGAACACAUGUACAGCACAACAGAUUGAUACGAGUUAACAACUGUAUCGUCACAAAGGGACCAUUGUGGUGAUGCACCUCAACAACUGAAUUGACAAGUGUCAAUAUCUGUAUUGCCCCAAAGGAAGUAUUGUAUUAAUACAGGUAGGCAACGUAAUUGACACCUGUCACCAAAAAGGAAAACUUGGCUUCAAUCCAAAAAGCGUCGGCACUAUGACUGCGGUAACUCUAUACUUUAACAUAGAUUUGUAACUGUCAUAGCUGUAUGGAUGCUUUAGGGAUGGGGCUCAGCAUUAGUUACUAUAUCGUACUUUAAACAAGUGUCAGUUCCCCAACACCAAUACAUCUUCGAGUUCCACCACACCAAUACAUCAUCGAGUUCCACCACACCAAUACAAUGAUGAGUUCCACCACACAAAUACAUCGUCGAGUUCCCCAACACCAAUACAUCGUCGAGUUCCACAAGACCAAUACAUCGUUGAGUUCCACCACACCAAUACAUCGUCGAGUCCCACCACACCAAUACAUCGUCGAGUUCCACCACACCAAUACUUCAUCGAGUUCCCCAACACCAAUACAUCGUUGAGUUCCACCACACCAAUACAUCAUCGAGUUCCACCACACCAAUACAUCGUCGAGUCCCACCACACCAAUACAAUGUCGAGUUCCCCAACACCAAUACAUCAUCGAGUUCCCCAACACCAAUACAUCAUCGAGGUCCACCACACCAAUAUAUCGUCGAGUUCCACCACACCAAUACAUCGUCGAGUUCCACCACACCAAUACAUCAAUGAGUUCCACCACACCAAUACAUCGUCGAGUUCCACCACACCAAUACAUUGUCGAGUUCCCCACACCACUACAUUGUCGAGCUCCACCACACCAAUACAUCGAUGAGUUCCCCACACCAAUACAUCGUCGAGUUCUACCACACCAAUACAUCAUCGAGUUCCACCACACCAUUGAUGAGUUAUGCUUUAUCUGUCAAAGUGAACAAGUAACUGCUCUCUGUGACUAACGGUUUGGAAUGAUUUUGUUUCUGUUUAAUUUACCAAAACUAAUGAUAUAGCUCUCUUUUUUAACCUCAGUGACAGCUUGAAGCUGAUGAUGUGGGGAUGUUCCAGAUGAGCAGGCACAGGUUGUGUGGAUGUUUGGCCUGCAGCUUGCUCUCUACCUCAUCAGCUGGGCAAAAGAUGAUAUAAUAUUUGUCAAACUUUAAAUAUCAAAAAUAUUUUGGGCAAAGUAAUCACAUUUGAAAUGUGUUUAUGUGAUGCUGAAUGAUUUGUCUGUUUGAUCCAUUUAAGGAUAUUCAUGUUUGAAAACUAACCAGUUCGGAGAUCACUGAUUGUUCUCAUAUUUUACGUUAUUUUAUUGCCAUAGGGCCAGCUGUCUCAUAUGAAUGUAAGCUGAGAAUUUGUGAAUUCCACCAGGAGGGAGAGAGAAGCUCAUUAAUCCAUAUUUAUAAAAAUGUAUCUACCAGCAGUGAUUGGUUGGACUCUCAACCAUUUUAUCCAAUCAUAAUGCUGCAAAGUUAUUUUGGAUGACGAGAAUCCAAUGUUUGUUUAGAGAUUUCAACAAUCCAGUUUUGUUACGUUAUGUUGAGGAAGUUUUUGCUUGUUUUCAAGUUUCUAACAUGUGACAGGUGAUUCAAAGACAUUCUUAUAUAUACUUUGAAUUUUUAAACAAACAAAAGUAUCUUAUUUAUGAUUAAGUAAAUCGUGUAUAUUUUCAUUUGUAUCCAAACAAUAUUGUACAGCUGUUGAGAUGUAAACAAUCUGAAAUCCUAAUCUAAUUGUAAAUUGACCUUGCCAAGUGGGAAAUGUCAUCUGUCAAUAUAUUGUUUGAACAGUCAUGAAAGUUUGAAAUAUUUGCCAUUGUAUGGGAAACAAGCAUGAGUGCGAUGGAUUCAGCCAUGGAAAGUGUUCAGGUCGUACAGGGAUUACCAGGGGCAUUGUCAAGAUAUAUAGUGAUGCCUUAACUCGACUCGCGUUGUACUGACUGAUAAGAAAAUCGAAGGAAAAUAUUUACUUUUGAUAUUUUGCUGUAGAUUGAUGUGGUAAUUGCAAAAACCCUCAUGUCGCUCACAGUAGGUGAUGUAUUCCUUCGCUCCUUUCAGGGACCCAAUGAACUAUUUGUAUCAGGAUCUUUCUUUGUGAACUGAAAGAAGAACCUACAACUUGAGGACAGACUUACUCCUUGAGAACAGACUUACUCCUUGAGAACAGACUUACACCUUGAGGACAGACUUACUUCUUGAGGACUGACUUACUCCUUGAGGACAGACUUACUCCUUGAGAACAGACUUGCACCUUGAGGACAGACUUACUCCUUGAGAACAGACUUACACCUUGAGGACAGACUUACUCCUUGAGAACAGACUUACUCCUUGAGAACAGACUUACUCCUUGAGAACAGACUUACUCCUUGAGAACAGACUUACACCUUGAGGACAGACUUACUCCUUGAGGACAGACUUACACCUUGAGAACAGACUUACACCUUGAGGACAGACUUACUCCUUGAGGACAGACUUACUCCUUGAGGACAGACUCACUCCUUGAGACAGACUUACACCUUGAGAACAGACUAACUCCUUGAGACAGACUUGUGACUUACACACCUGUGCCCAGGUCCCAAAAGGGCUCUUAGUGUUAAAGGGAUCAUUACUCAUAUACAUUAACAUUAACUUACGAUAGUCGUAGUGCUGAAAUCUCUUUGUGGGCAGGGCCCUUAUGUGUUUGUAUGCAUAUAUAUUUCAUCCAUUUUUACGGUAUAGUUUGGAUGAUAUUGGUGUGAGGUAUGUCAUUAGCGUCUGUAUGCUGAACUCUUAUUUUUCGAACUCUUCAUUCCUAUUUCGUUGAAGAUGUUUUAAGAGUAUAGGCUAUAUUGCACUCAUUAGAAAUUUCUAUUUCAUCGUCUGUUUGAAAUCUGCAAGGCCUCUGUAAGUCAAUCUUUAUUUUGGAAAAGAAGGCUACUGUAACCUGUCAGAUCACAGAAUUUUUUAUUAAUAUUUACAAUGUGUUUUCUUUUCUGAGAUCAGAGUUCAAGGUAAGGGUGACAUGACUUUUGAAAGGAUGAGGGAAAUAUAUCCCUAAUAUACUAGUCAAUAGUAAUUAAAGAACACUUGAUUUUUCAUAUUACUGUGGUUAAUCUGCCAUGGCCGUGACAGACUGACUUUAAUCAUAUGAAACUAAUCGGAUGUUCUUUACUCCUUUAUAGUAGUAUACAUCUGUUGACCUCUCCAUGGCUGUCUAAUCCAUAAGUCACGUGUCUUGAGUUGGACAAUGAGCAACAAAUUGAAUGACAAUGUGCUGAUGUUGCAGAUAUUGAAGGAGUGAGUGAGUUGUAAAGCAUGUAGUAAUAGCCUCACCCUUUUUAACUACUGGACACUUUGAGUCAGGAAAGUGACCUGCAUCAACGUACAUCUAUACCCUUUUACAGGGCCAGGGCAGAGUCAUGAUCUUGGCUGUUACAUAUUAACUUUUAUUGUUUUAUGAUUGAAGUUUUCAGUGAAGGAGGAUGGAAGUGAACUGUUCUACUACCAUGACGCCCCUAGUCACUGACAUGUGUAUUUUGUCAGUUUUAACAUGGGACUGUCACCACUGGGAGUUUGGUCAAGUCAAGUAUGCUCAUUUUCUACAGGUUCUAGGAAUUGAACAUUCCAGAGUUAAGUUCUGAAGGUGUGUAUGUAUCUGGCUGCCACACGACCAGUGUCUGGUCACCAUACACUUGUCAGACAUGGCAACUUGGAUUGUACUGACUGAACACACUGGUUACCUAGGAGGACCUACAUAAUGGUCAGUUUUCAGGGCAUGUGACCUGCACAAUGGUUCUUGUCAGGGCAUGUGACCUGCACAAUGGUUCUUGUCAGGGCAUGUGACCUGCACAAUGGUCAGAUCAUGUGACCUGCACAAUGGUUCUUGUCAGGGCAUGUGACCUGCACAAUGGUCAGUUGUCAGAUCAUGUGACCUGCACAAUGGUUCUUGUCAGGGCAUGUGACCUGGACAAUGGUUCCCAGUCAGGGCCUGCGAAACGGUUAACUGUCACACAAUGUGGCCUUUGACAGUCCUGCACAGCGGUUUGCCGUCCGACCAUGUGACCUGUACAGUGUGUUGCUGUGCGGCCAUGUGACCUGUGACUGUACAUAAAACUAUACAAGAUCAUUGUCCUUCAUAUUUGAAUCAUACUUAUUGUAGUGUAUAGAAUUUUGAAAUGAAUUAAUUUUUGCAAUUUGAAGUGGACCUUUUGCAUUACGCCACAUUAAAGUUUGAAUACCUAUUUGACUAUGGCAGCUCUACCAUCCAUCAAGCUGCCCCACUCCAUUUUCUUACUUUGUACAUUUUCAUGCCCAGAUUUCCUUGUUGGCAUUUGUCUUUGAUGGCCCCUCGUCUGUCUGUAACACCCAACUUGUUGUUGCCUUGCAGCCUUCUUGUUUCUUAUUGGCUGUUUGACUUUUAGGAGAAGAAGAUCUGAAGUGUUUUGAGUGGCGUUGAAUGCUGUGUUUAUCUUUCGACAGGCUGGAGGUUCGACUAUGCUGUUUCCAUGGUGACCUUAAUUUGUGUUCUACCAUGCAUACCUUAUAGAGAGACCUCAGUGUGUCGGGUGUGAGACAAGGGUGUGACUUUCUUCUACUAUGGUUACUGUGGUGGACUUAUGAAAGACGUUUGAUGGAAUUAUUUAGUGAAAUAGUGCUCUGACAACAUUUGGACAUCCAACGGUAUCUUGAUCAAAUGUGUGGACUCAGAGCUGUGGCCUUUUCCUAAUCUUUUUACUUACGUAUGAUCCCAUUGUCAUCGGAUAUCAUGAUGACGUCAUAUUGAUGUAAUGAUACACAUUCUAUUCUUGUAGUUCAUUCUUCUAUCUUAGCCUUUGAGGACCUCUUCUAUCCUUAGCGUCAGUUGUCGAUUUGAUUUUGAGAUGGUGAUUACAAGAACUCGAUUCUUUAUCAUUACGUUUUUGCCCUCUGGCAUAGUUAGGUUUACCAUGGAUUAGAAACAGGCCACAGAUUCGAGUCCCACAUAUCCGUGGAUUUAUCCAGGAUUCUGGACCAAGUGAUCCAGGCAGGCAAUUUGGGGGAAACUGGUUAUUUUGUUCAAAUUGCGAUAGAUUAUUUCGUAAACUGAGAGGUAUUUUUACAGUGUAUUUUGAGUUUGCAUUCAAUGCAAAAAUUAAAAAACUAAGCAUUUGAACCUCUUUAUUGGUCCUGUUUUCAGGUUAUUUCUACAUAGCCACAAAAUUAGUACUUAUUGCGUCAACUGGGAAAUUUAUGAUAACCAUUUCCGAAUUUUCGAUGACAUUUGCUGCAGCCAUGAGGCCUAAUGUCAGCCUCUGAGCAGGUCUAGUGAAUCCCUGAUAUCUCAGUCCUAUAAUUGUUGUCAUGUUCACUGUUAUUAUUUUUAACACUUUUGAAAUAUACUGCUCAAAAGAAGUUUAGGAUCAUCCGAUUCUUUCAUAUGAGUAGUUAAUCUGUCAUGACAUGACAGAAUUACAAUAGUCAUACAAAACAAUCUGGUGUUCUUUAACUUCUUUGAAGCAGCAUAUUUUCCUAUUCUUUCGUGCAGUCAGCAUGAAGUAAGCUAACCACUUGACAUCCUCUUGUUAUCAAAUGGCCGUUAAUAUAGUCAGUGAGUUUUCCUGCAGCUAUUCAACUUUCCUGUUAACCUGUACAAUCGAAGGCCUAAAAUAAAAGUGGACAUCUUCUGAAUGUGGUGCGACAUCAUACUUUGUUUUGUAGAAGCAGGUUUUGUUUGCUCAAUUUUGACUGCUGCACCACACAUCCCCCACCUUUUGAUGAAACCAAACAAACUUUUGUUUUAGGCCUGGUUGUUUUUUAACACGUAGUGUUCGUUUUCAUCAACCUAUUUUCCAAGAAAACACAAAAGGUAUCCUCAUUAGAUAACCAAUGAAUUAAGUCUUUCCUUAACUUUCAAGUUGUAGAUUUUAAUUUAUUCAAGAAUGGUUUGUAUAGUUCUGAGAUUUGGACUGCAUCAUUGAGUCUUGUUAUUGUUUGUUUGGCUGGAGAGAGCAGGGAAACAAGCCACUGCCUGUAUAUAUUUCCUAGUGUUGUCUUUAAUAUGGAAUCUAAUUCUAGAAUGUUGAUGUAUUAAUUUACUUCUCAUGUUCAGUUAAGACUUAAUGUAUUGUAUAGCGUGCCCAGUAUUGGAUAUUGACACAGAUAAUGUAUUAUAACAUGCUUUUGUUUCUUUUAGUGAAUUUUAUUUCUACACACUGUCAGUGUUUGUGCACAAUGCCCCGUGUGUUGGUUGUAUUAAUGUGUGUGCGUGUGUGCAAGUUUGUGUGUGUGAGACUGGCAAGUGUGUCAAAUUUGAGGCUCAUGCUGAACUGUAGAUUAGCAACCCUGGCUUUGGUCACAACGCCAUCUAUGCCAGACCUACUCCUGGCUGCUGAUUGGCUGAGCAGUGUUCCUCAUGACCAUGCCUCCUCCUCUCCUCCUCCCUUCCCUCCCUCCUACUUUCUAUUUCACAGCUUCUUCUCUCCCAGGCUGGGUCUUUUCUAGAAUAAACUUAUACAAAAUA